AAGACGGCUUCCUGCAUAUAGUUUUAUAUAGUUUGGCCUCAUUUUCUUUGCCAUUUUGUAGAUUUCAGUCCCAUUAUGUCAUCCCUAGACGAAUAUAGUAACGACAAGCUGCGCUCUGUGUCUGUGGACUUGAACAACGAUGCGUCUCUUCUCAUUGACAUUCCUGAUGCGCUCUGUGAAAGGGACAAGGUCAAGUUCACAGUCCAUACAAAGACAACUCUUAGCUCCUUCCAGAAGCCGGAGUUCUCUGUUCCCAGGCAGCAUGAAGACUUCAUCUGGCUGCAUGACACUCUGGUUGAAACUGAGGACUAUGCAGGUUUAAUAAUCCCUCCAGCACCCCCAAAGCCUGAUUUUGAAAGCCCAAGAGAGAAGAUGCACAAACUGGGUGAAGGUGAAGCCACUAUGACGAAAGAGGAGUACACUAAAAUGAAGCAGGAGCUGGAGGCUGAAUACCUGGCUGUGUUCAAGAAAACUGUCCAAGUGCAUGAAGUCUUCUUGCAGAGAUUGUCCUCCCACCCUGUUUUAAGCAAAGACAGAAACUUCCAGAUUUUCUUAGAGUAUGACCAGGAUCUCAGUGUGCGGAGAAAGAAUGCAAAGGAAAUGUUUGGGGGAUUCUUUAAAAACAUGGUGAAGUCAGCUGACGAGGUUCUCAUCUCAGGAAUAAAGGAAGUUGAUGACUUUUUUGAGCAGGAGAAGACAUUUUUGCUCGACUACUACAGCAAGAUAAAAGAUUCCACUACCAAAGCAGAGAAGAUGACCCGUUCACACAAAAAUAUUGCAGACGACUACAUUCACAUUUCUGCCACGUUAAACAGCAUUUGUGCUGAAGACAGUACAGCCAAUAAGAAAAACCUGGAGAAGUUGUCAGAACUGUUUGAGAAGCUCAGAAAAGUGGAAGGGAGAGUUGCAUCUGACCAGGAGCUGAAACUCACAGAGCUGCUGAGAUACUACAUGAGGGACAUCCAGGCUGCUAAGGACCUUCUUUACCGGAGAGCCCGGGCGUUAGCUGACUAUGAGAGCUCUAACAAGGCCUUGGAUAAAGCUCGACUGAAGAGCAAAGACAUCCCCCAGGCAGAGGAACACCAGCGGCAGUGCCUGCAGAAAUUCGACAAGCUCUCUGAAUCUGCAAAAAAAGAACUCACCAGUUUCAAGGGCAGACGAGUUAUGGCCUUCAGGAAGAACCUCGUAGAAAUGGCUGAGCUCGAGAUAAAACAUUCCAAGAACAGCGUGGUUAUAUUGCAAGGCUGCAUCGACCUGCUCAAGAGCAACUGACCAGUUUUCAACUGUUCGAUCGUUACGAUGUGACCAAACGGAAACCGGACCUUCCUGGGCGCCAGCGUCGACGGACUCUGAGCUCCGUGUCUGCUCUCACCUGGGGCUGUUUUCAAACCCUACGAGAUACUUUAUUUUGUAAGCACAACGUCUUCAUGUUUACAGAGUCUUUGUCCUUCACUCUGUGGUCCAUCCUUCUUCGUUAAUGUGGAGGUCCAGCUCGAUGUUGAAGCUCGUCAACAUUAAGGUCUUCCAUGAUUAAAUAGCCCUAAUGGAUGUGAUGUUUUUCACUUUAUUAUUUUUGUGCACCUAAUGCUUCCCCUCGACUUUUUUGAUCACAUCUCUUCUCCUACUCAGACUCUAACUUCCUUCCGCCCUU